UUGCAUAAUGUUGCAACUUUUAAUCAAUUUUAAAAAUCAAUACAGAUGAACGUUAUCCUCUUAAGUCAAAUAUCGCUCUUGAUUUUCAUUUGCUAAAAAAGUUCAUUAUCCGUAAACUGAAAUUAUUUCGCAAUUAUCUAUUCUUCAUAAGUACUCAAAUGGAUUGGUCCGGUUCCGUUACCUCAUUUUUAUUAUUUAAAUCAUUGAAACAAUUAGGACCUGCAUUUACGUGCAAUAAAGUUGAAUCUAUGUGACGUGUCUCAUUCAGUUUUGGCUCAAAUUUUCAUUGAAGCAGAGAGCGUCAAAAUAGUGCGCGAAGUAGCCGCACGAGCGUUAACGUGAACGGGCCUGAAAUGUGUCUGUGACUGCAUACGAUCUGCUGUAAACAAGCGGAGAACAUCAUAUGAGUGAUUCAGGUUAUCAAGUAUCAUACAUUAGUUAAAAACCACCUGUGUUGCGAAUUUUUCCAUAUCUCAUUGCACCUGCAACCAUCACAAUGGCAGCAUCUAAAGUUACAUUUAAAAUUACGCUAACGUCGGAUCCGAAAUUACCAUUCAAAGUUUUAAGCGUCCCCGAUAACACUCCAUUUACAGCAGUAUUGAAGUUUGCUGCAGAAGAAUUCAAAGUAUCUCCAGCUACAUCUGCUAUAAUCACAGAUGAUGGAGUUGGUAUAAAUCCUCAGCAAACUGCUGGUAACAUUUUCCUAAAACAUGGUAGUGAACUGAGGUUGAUACCACGUGAUAGAGUAGGAUAUAGUAGUUGAUGGGUCAAUUUUUAAUUGAAUUGUUCGAUAAAAACAAAUGUUUUUUUUUAUAAAAAAAUUAUUG